AUGUUUUUACGGCCAAGAACGUUGCGCGUGCUGCGCGGCGUGUCGCAACAACAUGUGAGAGCUUUUGGCUUCUCCAGUUCUUCCGGAAACUCGCCAAUGUCACCAAUGGGCAACAUUCCCAUGCCCUACAUCGAGGAGUCGUCGGAACGCAUCGUCGUCCUGAAUGGUGAAGUUAACGACUACAUGUCCGCUUCGAUCGUGUCGCAGCUGCUUUGGCUCGAGUCUGAUACCCCCGAUAAGCCGAUCACGAUGUACAUCAACUCUCCUGGUGGUUCGGUCACCUCAGGAAUGGCAAUUUACGAUACCAUGACCUACAUCAAGUCACCAGUAUCAACAGUGUGUGUCGGCGGUGCCGCGUCAAUGGCUGCAAUCCUCCUCGCAGGAGGUGAAGCAGGCAAGCGAUUCUCUCUUCCCCAUAGCUCGAUCAUGAUCCAUCAACCGCUGGGUGGUACCCGAGGCCAAGCAUCCGAUAUUAUGAUCUACGCAAAUCAGAUCCAGAAGACACGGGAGCAGUCAAACAGAAUCAUGCAGUAUCACCUCAACAAGGCCAAGGGUCAUGAAAAGUAUUCUCUUGAGGAGAUUAAUGAUCUAAUGGAACGGGAUAAAUACUUGUCUCCUGAGGAGGCUUUAGAACUCGGAGUCAUCGAUGAGAUUUUGACGAAGAGACCUGAGUCGGAGCAAGAGAAGAAGGAGAAGGAGGAGAAGCAGGACGGGGCCGAUACACCCCAGACGAGUUAA